CGUAUCGAUUUCGUGACAGUUGAUCCAGAUUCGAAUGUAGCAAAUUUUUCGCUGGCAAAAAAUACUUACCUACCUACACUUGGCAGAGAGGAUUCGAUGAGAACGCUGUACAAACAAAUCGACAAAGAGUACGAGCGAGGCGAUAUAGAUCGCGAAGUAGAGAACGUGAAGUCGGCAUGGCAAGCGUUACGAGAGGAAAAAAGCUGGACGAAGGGCAAGGAUCGCAUCGACAGUGUCCGAAUGAAAAAAUUAUACGAGACACUGGAGAAGAUGACAUCUAAGAUAGACAGCGUUCAGAGAAAUUACAUGGAUCCCAAGGCGAAUCAUUACUUGCGCAGAAGCGCGACCAGCGUCCUCCGAGCGAGCAGCAAGCCGAGCUUGCAGGAGGAGGCCGAAAUUGUGAGAAGCAUAAUUUUUCCCGACAGAAAAGGAUCGACAGCGAGGAUCAGAUCGGCAGUCUCUCGUCUGCGAAACGUCGACAGCGAAAUAAUUGACAAUGAUACAACGAGGGCACGAGUCGACGAAGCCGCGGAAAAUAUUUCCGCGGAUAUACAGCGGAAUAAAAAUUUCCCUACUGCGAAAAAGCGGUCCGUAUACACUGAAGCGCACGACGUCGCCAAUGAUAUUAGAUCAAUUCGUGCAACUGCCUCGAAUGCUUGUAAUAAAAAACAAGAUACAGCCAUUGUAAAUGUAGUGAAGCCGUUUACGGACGAUGGCAAGACGAGGGCGAGGAUCAAAUCGUCCAUCGAGGAGUAUCUGCAGCAUUACAGCGACAAUAUUCACAAACCAGGUGUCGAGGGGAAAGAGGAAGAAUAUCCUCGAGAUGUGAAACCGUCGGCAAGCGACAUCGCGGAUAUUCUGGCGAGUCACAAUAUUGGCUCGCACGUGCUGUACGAAAAUUUCGAGAGACACAGCGACGACUACGAUUCGACGGAGGAUUACACGAGCGAGAACGACGCAGAACGCUUUUGCUCGAAUACCGUGACUAAUGCCACACAAGCGACGUCUGUUGAUAUUAGCCAAGAGAAU